ACAAAGGCACCAUAAAGCAGACAAUAUGCAUUUUUCAUGGAGGGGAAGGGGGACAAAGUUAGGCAACCCUCCAUAACAAUGUUUCUUUCCACCUUUUUGGCUUCAUUUGAAAUGAUAUGUGUGUGUUUCAACAACCAACACAUCAAAAAAAUGUCUGUAAAGAAGAUGUUAUAAAUUGAGUGCUGGCCUUGAGAGAAGGGACAUAUGUUAAGCCUAUGAAUGACUUACAAACUGUAACACAAAAUGCCAGCCAAUCUUCUUCAUCUGCUUGUGAUUUUUGUGGCUUUCUCUCAUCUAAUCUUCUUGAAUGCUGACCCAACAUUAAGGGCUAGGCGUCUGUUGCAUGAAGGUGAUGAUAGUUAUUUAUCUGGGAAUACCCACAAGAUAAUGGUGGUAGAAGCUUUGGAAGAAGGGCUUAUCAAUGGCAGGAUGGAUUUGGAGAACCAUCUUAAUGACUAUCCAGGCUAUGGAGCAAACAACCGGCAUACGCCAAAGCCGCCAGAGAGAGACUAAGAUAUAGCUAUACCAUAUAUCCUUAGUAGUGGCUGGUAGCGCCGGUAUUGUAUACAAGAACAGUUCUAAAAUUUGCUGCUUUUGUCCGACCUUUCCUUCAAGUUGUUAGGGGAAAGUGAGACAAGCACUAAUCUUAGGAUUGCUGCUAAAAAGAUGAAGUGACUUAAUAUGUUAUAUUGGAUUGUGUUAUGAUAAUACCUAGUAUAAUCAUGAUACCUCAUAUGGUGUAUAUGAUAAGCAGCUCUAGUUAUUCUGGUUUGCAAUAAAGAAGUAUUACUGAACUCUUUUGUUUUCUUUCCUUAUUUCUACCUGUUAAUCAGAUUAUGAUGUGUUGUCG